CGGUACAGCGGCCGCGGUCGGUCAGUCAGUCUGUCCGCACCGCACCGCACCAUGAAGGCCAUCAUUCAGAGAGUGACAAAAGCCCGUGUGACAGUGGGAGAAGAACAAAUCAGUUCAAUAGGACGAGGCAUCUGUGUGCUAUUGGGCAUUUCUGUCGAAGACACCCAGAAAGACCUCGAGUACAUGGUUCGUAAGAUCCUGAACUUAAGGGUGUUUGAAGAUGAAAACGGGAAGCGCUGGUGUAAGAGCGUAAUGGACAAGCAGUACGAGGUGCUUGUGGUCAGCCAGUUCACACUGCAGUGCAUCCUGAAGGGAAACAAACCUGAUUUCCACUUGGCCAUGGGAGUGGAACAGUCAGAGCCCUUCUACAAUGGCUUUUUACAACAGAUGAGAAAGACCUACAAACCGGAGCUCAUUAAAGAUGGCAAGUUUGGAGCCUACAUGCAAGUGCACAUACAGAAUGAAGGUCCACUGACUAUUGAGCUGGAGUCACCGACUGGCCCCAAUGAUCCAAAACAGCUCACAAAACUGGAAAAACAGCAGCAAAGAAAAGAAAAAACAAGAACUAAAACCCAGUCGGAAUCCACCAAAGAGAAAAGUGCUUUGCGCAGCAAAGAGGACCCCAGUGCUAGUAGUGGGGCAGAGGGGGACGUUUCUUCAGAAAGAGAGCCGUAGAUCACCUGGUCUACAGCGGGAAACUGCAGAUUUUAAGAGACUUUCUUUUGGGAGUGCUACACUGGAAUACGGAUCCCUCUUAAUUUUAUGGAUUUCAUAAACCGCAUUGAUCUCUGCUCACUAUAUCAGGCAUCAGCGAAGAAGAAGAGGCUUACGUCAAAGAGCAGCUGAACCCUGCUUUCUGGAAUGUAGAUGAAUGAAUAAAAUUGUGAGAAACGAGUCCUGUGAAUCUUAACACUCUGAUGACUUUUAUGGUGGUUUGAGAAUACAAUGCAAAUUUCAUAAAAUCUCCAAUAAUUAUUUGUGGCAAAGAUCGCAAGGUUCAAAUGAAGAAAGCCCUUCAGCCCAGUGACUCCAGUCCUUCUAGGAUCCUCUCCCCACUGUCUUUCCAUUACACCAUCAAACUGUUGUCCUGGCAUCAGCCACCCUUCCUGUCUUGAACUUGCCCUCUGCAACCUUGAACCUAUAACCUCUCGUCCUGCUGGUUUGAGUAUCUGAAAUUAUUGUUCCCAUUUUACUUCAUCACAUUAAGCAUCUUACUACCUACCUCUCCAGUGGUCCCCUCUGAGAUAUUUGUUUUCAGGGCUGAAGAGCCUAAGAUGUACCGAUUCCUGGGGGUGGUUGUAAUGUCACAGUGCAAGCUGGCUUACUUAUAGCUUAACGCGGAGCUCAUGAACGAUGAGCUGUGCAGUACAAUUGGGCUAAAAUAGCCCCUCUCCCUAACUUGAAAGAGGAAGAUCAGCAACCAGACUGAUACCCAACCCAACGAACAGUGCUGAAGUGUUCCAGUUAGUAGGACGACUGUGUUUUAGUGCCCCUGUGCAGUGCAUUGUUGUUGAUGAGAAUUCAGGUGCUGUCCACUACGGAUCAGUGCUGGUUACAUUCCAAACAAGUAUCUGCUAUAGAAAGCUACAUAUUACGUGUGUUACACAAAGGGUAGGAUUAUUUUGUUCCCAUUUACAUUUGUUGGGUUACGUUUGUUGCCUAAAAUUCAGAUGACAUGAACCAUGGAAAGAAGUAGCUUUUGCUUCCAGUUUAAUCUUGCAAAAUAGAUUCCUGUCCCUAUUAUCCUCCCCCUCUCCCCCAAUGCACUGCCUUCGUCUGUCUCCCAUUAUAGAUCGGUAAUGAGUCUCAUAGAAUUCCAAGAAUAGAAAAUGGAAAAAGAGAUUUGAAGGAAUUAAGUAGAA